AUGUCGAGAUUCGGUGGUACGGAUUGGUAUAUGGCACCUGAAAUACAUCUGGGAUCAUACGAUGGAAGGCUUGCCGAUUCAUGGAGCCUGGGCGCGAGCAUUUACCACACAGUAACUGGACGUCCGCCGUGUGAGAAUGCAGUAAUGUCCGAUGCCAACUUCAGGCUGAUAAUAAGGAGCCAGGCACUGCCGAUAUAUGUGGAACCAAUAGUGCGAGAACCCCUGCUUAAUUUAUUGGUGCUGGAGGAUCUGAGAUGGACUGUUACAGAACUGGCUGAGUCAGAUUUUUUCAGACUAUACCACAAAAUCUCCCCGCCACGAUUCCCGAUCGACGAAUGUAUUGUGUCUUCUGAUGAUGAGUAC